UCAUCGAAUGGCUCGCAACGCGGGAAAAUCAUUCAAAUAAUAAUCACCACAACGUAUUCAACGAUACGAAAAGUUAAAAACAAAUCUAUCCCUCAGCAAAAUAAAACGCGUAAAAAGGAUAAUAUCACUUUUUAUUUUUAAAUCUCCCACUUGACUCGAUAUAUUCUCUUUCUCCGUCAACCCCUCCCGUUUACCUCUUGUACAACGGUUGUUACUCGUCCCGCUCUUUCUUUACCCGCACUUGUAAUACCAGAACAGAACAGUUAACAACCAACACUUUACACCAACUGAGGUUUUCCCUCCUUUAGUUACUUUAUUUUAUUUUUACUCAUCACCUCGCGGAUACAUCAGCGCCAUGAGACUCAUUGCCAUAAUUGUCAUUGCUCUCGCCAUCGUGUCAGGUGCAUUGGCACAGGAUUAUAGUCAGUUAUUCGCGGGCUUUGGACCCUACCUCCGUGCAUCAUCACCAAUGAGAGAUCCACGCUCCAAUCGAGGUCCUGUGCUUUUCCCAGUGGGACCACCUGGCAAUCCAGCUGAUACCAGUGGUGUGAUUGUUGGUGCCAGUGGUUUUGGAUUCGUGCCACCCAACUCAGGUAAAGGAAAUGCUGGUCGAUAACGAUUUGACUCUAGUUAUCGGCUUCAACGACGAUUUGGAAUUGAAAAUGGUGUCUGUCCUUUGCACUUCAUGUAUAUAGAGAAUCUGAAUGAUGAUCAGAUGUCUAGAUUAGCACAAAUUAUCAUCUCCAUCAGUCCUUUAGUUAUCCAUCACCAUCCACCGACAGAGUUAUCACAAUAAACUAUUUAUGUGUCACGUA